AUGGUUUCGCAGGGCCGGAGCAGCUCACUGCAGCGCCUCCACCACAUUGAGAAGCGGAUACUGCUGGUGGUGGAGCUCGCAGGGGCGGUCAUGGAGGAGCUGGGAAACUCGCAGGGCACCCUCACGGACGCCGUAAGCGGCCUGUGCCGCAAGUUCAUGCUUUUUAUGAAGCAAAUUCAAACAAUAUUGUGCGAGGAAAUAAAAACUGCUUGCGAAUAUCGUCCAUUUGAGAAGUGUGACUACAGUGCAAGGAUUGCUAACGAGAUUUGUUGCAAGAAGCUGGACUAUGAGAACUUGCGGAAGCCAAUAACCGUGCUAACGCUCUUGCUGCCAAGUUGGAGCAGAGCGAAAAGGCCCGUAAGAAAGCUGAAGCCGAUGCUGCCGCUGUCGAAGAUCUUCGACAAAGACUUCAUGAUGCGGAAACCUGUCUGA